AUGGGUAGAGCAGACGACGGAUAUGAGAGCGUCGAAGAAAUCAAAGCAUUCCAUUCCACGCUUGUGAGCACGUUUCGAACGGGUAAAACCAAGGAUAUCGCCUGGCGCAAAUGGCAACUCAAGCAGCUCUGGUGGCUAGUCGACGAAAAUGAACAGGCUAUCGUGGACGCCAUCAAAAGCGAUCUGAAUCGACCUGGUUUCGAAACCUAUCUCACCGACCUCGCCGGCAUUCGGAAGGAUAUCUUAUACCACCUUGAGAACAUAGACGCCUGGGCAGCAGACGAGCCUCUGGGUGACAGUUUUGUCGCAAGACGACUGGGUGUGGCACGAAUCCGAAAAGAGCCUCUUGGCGUGGUUCUCAUCAUCGGUGCAUGGAACUUUCCCGUUCUACUUGUGCUGCAACCUCUCAUCGCGGCUAUCACCGCAGGUUGCUGCGCUAUAAUCAAGCCAUCGGAACUAACAACAGCUUGUCAAACUCUUCUUCGAGAACUUUUCACACAAUAUCUCGAUUCAUCUGCAAUCAGGGUGGUCUGCGGUGGCGUUGACGAGACGACGAAGCUACUUGAAUUUCCCUUCAACCACAUCUUCUUUACUGGCUCUGCGAGUGUUGGUCGACACAUCAGUGCUGCUGCAGCAAAACAUCUGACCCCUGUGACUUUGGAACUAGGCGGCCAGUCUCCCGCGAUCAUAGGUAAAUCAGCGGAUCUAGACCGUGCAGCCAAAACUAUCGCAUUUUCCAAGUUCCUAAAUGCCGGUCAAAUUUGUUUAGCUGUCAACCAUGUAUUUGUGGAUCCGGCGGUACAUGAUACAUUUGUAGAGAGGUUGAAACACUGGAGCAGUCAAUUCCUACAUGGGGAGCGAAAAAUCACCACUGCCAUCGUCAAUCAGCGACAUUGGGAUCGGCUCUCUGGCCUUUUGAAGCAGACAAAAGGGACAGUAGUCUGUGGUGGAGGUGAAAGUGAUGAACUCUGUCGGAUGAAGCCAACUGUGGUUACAGACCUUGAUAUAGACGACCCGUUACUCGCAGAAGAAAUCUUCGGACCAAUCUGCCCCGUUCUGAGAUCAGACGUCCGCCAAGCGUGUCAAACAAUCAAUGAGAAAGACAAUCCAUUAGCUCUCUACAUAUUCAGCUCCGAUAAAUCAGAAAUCCAAGAGAUACUUGACAACAUUAAUUCAGGAGGAGUGACAAUCAACGAUGUCAUUCUUCACGCCGGUUUCCCAGGUGCCCCAUUUGGUGGAGUCGGAGGGAGUGGACAUGGCUACUAUCACGGUCCAUACGGAUUCCAGACCUUCUCGCACCUGAGGACUAUCAUGAGUCCACCGAAGUGGUUCGAUCGUCUACUGGCUUUCAGAUACCCGCCGUAUAGUGCGGCCAACAAAGCUAAGAUGCCGAAGACAAAGGCAACGUUCAAACGGAAUGAAACAAUACAGGAUCAACGAGUUAAGAAGUCUAGAUUCCUGGGGCUCAAAAUUGCGACUGGUGUGGCUCUGCUCGGGAUUUUCUGGUAUUCUCGCUCUUACGUUAAUGAGAGCUUAUAUGCCUUCAAAAUCUAG